GCAGGACGCUGAGAUGAUGAAACCUUUCCCAGCCAUCCCAAAGUGUGACCUGGAGACGGCAGACAGGCUGGACACUGUGGACCUGAUGGUCCAGACCUAUGACGAAGACAAUGUGGAGGUUACCAGGAAGGUUUUGAGUAAGAUGAACAAAAAUGAUCUUGUUCAGCAUUUGUCAGGCACCAGCUCAGGAACAGAGGAAAGUCUUGCUGACUGCCAGCAUGAACUUCAAGUCAAUCUGAAGAGGAAGUUUCAGGAUUUGUUUGAGGGAAUCACAGAUGAAGAGGAGAGGCCAACACCUCUGAAUCAGAUCUACACAGAGCUGUACAUCACAGAGGGAGGGAGUGGAGAGGUCAAUACUGAACAUGAGGUCAGACAGAUUGAAACAGCAUCCAGGAAACCAGACACACCAGAAACAAAAAUCACAUGUGUGGACAUCUUCAAACCUGGAAGAGAUAAACCAAUCCGAACAGUGAUGACAAAGGGAGUGGCUGGCAUUGGAAAAACAGUCUUAACACGGAAGUUCACUCUGGACUGGGCUGAAGGCAAAGCCAACCAGCAUGUCCACUUCACAUUUCCAUUCACUUUCAGAGACCUGAAUCUGCUGAAAGGGAAAAAGUUCAGCUUGGUGCAACUUCUUCAUCACUAUUUUACUGAGACAAAAAAAGCAGGAAUCAGAAGAUUUGAAAAGGUCCAGGUUGUGUUGAUCUUUGACGGCCUGGAUGAGUGUAGACUUCCUCUGGACUUCAAGAACAACCAGAUCCUGACUGAUGUUACAGAGUCGACCUCAGUGGAUGUUCUGCUGACAAACCUCAUCAAGGGGAACCUGCUUCCCUCUGCUCGCCUCUGGAUAACUACACGACCUGCAGCAGCCAAUCAGAUCCCUCGUGGGUGUGUUGACAUGUUUACAGAAGUGAGAGGCUUCACUGACCAACAGAAGCAGGAAUACUUCAGGAAGAGAUUCAAAGACAAGAAGCAGGCCAGCAGAAUCAUCUCCCACAUCAAGAAGUCACGAAGCCUCCACAUCAUGUGCCACAUCCCAGUCUUCUGCUGGAUCACUGCUACAGUUCUGGAGGACGUGUGGAAAAUCAGUGAGAGAGGGGACCUGCCCAAAACCCUGACUGAGAUGUACAUCCACUUCCUGCUGGUUCAGUCCAAAGUGCACAAUGUCAAGUAUCAUGAGAAAGAAGAGACAGAUCCACUCUGGACUACAGAGACCAAGGAGAUGAUCCUGUCACUGGGAAAACUGGCUUUUGAGCAGCUGGAGAAAGGCAACCUGAUCUUCUACAAAGCAGACCUGGCAAAGUGUGGUAUUGAUAUCAAAGCAGCCUCAGUGUACUCAGGAGUCUUCACACAGAUCUUUAAAAAGGAGUAUGGGCUGUAUAAAAAAGAGGUUUUCUGCUUCGUCCAUCUGAGCAUUCAGGAGUUUCUGGCUGCUCUUUAUGUCUUUUUGUCAUUCAUCAACUCUGGUGUCAAUCUGCUGUCAGAGGAACAAUCAACCGCCUGGUGGCCUACAGUAUUCAACCACAAACCUAAGCUUGAACACCUUCACCAAAGAGCUGUGGACAAGGCCUUACAGAGUCCCAAUGGACACCUUGACUUGUUCCUUCGCUUCCUCAUGGGCCUUGCACUGCAGACCAAUCAGACUCUCCUAGAAGGCCUGAUGACACAGACAGGAAGUAGCUCACAGACAAAUCAGAAAACAAUUCAGUACAUCAAGGAGAAGAUCAGGGACAAUCCCUCUCCAGAGAGAAUCAUCAACCUGUUCCACUGUCUGAAUGAGCUGAAUGACCAUUCUCUAGUGGAGGAGAUCCAACAGUACCUGAGAUCAGGACAUCUCUCCACAGAGGAACUCUCUCCUUCUCAAUGGUCAGCUCUGGUCUUCAUCUUACUGUCAUCAGAGCAAGAUCUGGAAGUGUUUGACCUGAAGAAGUACUCUGCUUCAGAGGAGGCUCUUCUGAGGCUGCUGCCAGUGGUCAAAGCCUCCAAGAAAUCUGUGCUGAGUGGCUGUAAUCUGUCAGAGAGAAGCUGUGAAGCUCUGGCCCCAGUUCUCAGCUCCCAGUCCUCUAGUCUGAGAGAGCUGGACCUGAGUAACAACGAUCUGCACGAUUCAGGAGUGAAGCUGCUCUCUGUUGGAUUGGAGAGUCCACACUGCAGACUGGAGGCUCUCAGGCUGAGAGACUGCAAUCUGUCAGAGGGAAGCUGUGCAGCUCUGGCCCCAGUUCUCAGCUCCCAGUCCUCUAGUCUGAGAGAGCUGGACCUGAGUAACAACUAUCUGCAGGAUUCAGGAGUGAAGCUGCUCUCUGUCGAACUGGAGAGUCCAGACUGUACACUGGAGACUCUCAGGCUAAGAGGCUAUAAUCUGUCAGAGAGAAGCUGUGCAGCUCUGGCCCCAGUUCUCAGCUCCCAGUCCUCUAGUCUGAGAGAGCUGGACCUGAGUAACAACGAUCUGCAGGAUUCAGGAGUGAAGCUGCUCUCUGUCGAACUGGAGAGUCCAAACUGCAGACUGGAGGCUCUCAGGCUGUCAGGCUGUCUGGUGACACAGGAAGGCUGUGCUUCUCUGGCCUCAGCUCUGAGCUCCAACCCCUCCCAUCUGAGAGAGCUGGACCUGAGCUACAAUCAUCCAGGAGACUCAGGAGUGAAGCUGCUCUCUGCUGGACUGGAGGAUCCAACCUGGAGACUGGAGGCUCUCAGGGUGGACCACUGUGGAGAGCAGAGGUUGAAACCAGUUCUGAGGAAGUAUUCCUGUGAACUCAAACUGGACACAAACACAGCAAACAGAAACCUCGUCCUGUCUGAGGACAACAGGAUGGUGACUCAUGUGAGACAGAAGCAGCCAUAUCCUGAUCACCCAGAGAGGUUUGACCACAGGGAACAGAUCCUGUGUAGCGAUGGUCUGACUGGUCUCUGCUAUUGGGAGGUCGAGUGGGAAGGAGGGGUCGAUAUAGCAGUGACUUACAGAGGAAUCAGCAGGAAAGGAAACAGUGAUGACUGUGGACUUGGAUAUAAUGAACACUCCUGGAGUCUAGACUGCUCUGAUGAUGGAAGUUUUGCUGUCUGGCACAACAACAUCAGAACAGACAUCCGUUCCCCCCCCUCUAACAGAGUGGCAGUAUAUCUGGACUGGCCUGCUGGCUCUCUGUCCUUCUACAGCGUCUCCUCUGACACACUGAUCCACCUCCACACCUUCACCUCCACAUUCACUGAACCUCUGUACCCGGCCUUUGGGUUUGGAUUUGGAUUUGGUUCUGGGUUUGAAUUUGGCUCCUCAGUGUCUCUGUGUCAGAUCUGAGGAGGGAGAGUCGCCUCCUGCGUGGAGAAACACUCACACCGCUGAUCAAAGACAGCUGCUGACAUGACUCUACACGAUUGCACACACACACACACACAC